AAUAUUUGUAUUUCCGGUACCGUUCGUGCGCCAUCUUUGACGACAAAAAAAACCCCAUCUAUGUUAUUUUUGUUUUCAAAAAGUAUCGAAAAGUAUGAUAGAACACUAAAUCGCAUUAAAUAGCCGAAGCAUACGUCUGGUCUUCACCGUAUCUAACGUGUUAUAAUACAGUAAAAGUCUCCGGGAAACAUUUGUGGCGAGAUGUCACUUGUGGAUUUGGGAAAGCGUUUGUUGGAGGCAGCACGCAAAGGACAGGAUGAUGAAGUGAGGUCACUUAUGGCCAAUGGAGCUCCUUUUACUACAGACUGGCUGGGAACCUCACCACUUCAUUUAGCAGCGCAAUACGGGCACUACUCCACUGCUGAGGUGCUUCUCCGCGCCGGCGUGAGUAGAGAUGCCCGCACUAAAGUGGAUCGGACCCCCCUCCACAUGGCUGCGGCAGAGGGCCACUCAAGCAUUGUUGAGCUAUUGGUCAAGAGUGGAGCAGACAUCAAUGCCAAAGACAUGCUGAAAAUGACCGCCCUGCACUGGGCUACAGAACAUGGGCACAAGGGAGUCGUGGAGCUGUUGAUCAAAUACGGCGCUGAUACUCAUGCCCUCAGCAAGUUUGACAAGACGCCUUUUAACAUUGCAGUGGACCGAGGAAACACUGAGCUGAUGCUAUUGUUACAGGAGGGAAUGCAGAACCAAGUGAACAUGAAUCCAGAGAGGACUAUCCUAGGCGGCACAUCACCCGCCACAGCCAGCCCUCAGUUCAUCAUCUCUUCCUCUGGAGUCGUCAAUCUCUCUGAUAUUGUUCUCACUAAUGCUAAGGCUAACACAGCAGGAGCUGCAGAGAGUGUGAUUGCUGCUGAUUCGGUAGAUUCUGCCAUCCAGCAUCUUGUAGGGGAGGAUGGCCAGAGAGUCAUCACCAUAGUAACCGACCAACAGGGAAACCUGCAGUCUGGCAACUUGGGACAGAAAUUCUUUGUCACAAUGCAGGGGCAGCAAAUGGUUGCAGUGCCAGCGGGUCAGAUUGCAGAAGAAAUCAUAACAGAGGACACCAAACCAGUCCCAACACGGAAGCGGAAAUUUGAAUCAACCGUCAACCACACAGAUGUCAAACAUAAGGAGCCCACUGAGAAGGACAGUCGGGAACUACUGGAACAGCAGCUAAAAGAAGCAAACAGAAAAGCCCAGGAGUACAGACAGCAGUUACUAAGAAAGGAACAGGAAGCUGAGCAGUACAGGCUUAAACUAGAGGCCAUUGCCAACGGGCAGACCAAUGGCACCAGCACAGAGCCCCAAGAGGAAGUGGUGCUCCAGGAAGAGGAAGAGGAGGAGGUGGUUGGCGAAGAGGAAGUUGUCAUGUUGCCAGAAGGGGCCAUCAUCAUUAAAGAGGAGCCCCUUGACUCAACAGCAGGAGAAACAGUAACGCUAGUAGAGGCUGCAGACAUUACAGCCACCUCAGAGAGCACGCCAUAGCAGCAAACACUCAGGAAUUACAUACACUCUAAUCUGUGUGCCUGGAGUGUGACAUUGUAUUUAUUUAUUGUAAAUCAUAACCUUUUGUUUUUAUACUUUUUUCCUCAUUGCAUUCAGUUUCUGUACAAACCUCUACAAAGAUGUAGCAUGAGUUAUAUUUAGGUGGCUACAACAAUGCUGAGUUGCUCAGAUUGACUAAAUAGGAAGACCAGACGUGUCUUUUUAAUAUACAGCAGUGCAAGUUAUGGAAGUUUUAGUAAUAAUGCUUUUUAAUCAAGCCCUGUUAUCCACCACUAAUGCAUACUGUACUAUUAGUAACCACAAUAUUGUGCUUAAAAGAAUGUUCUCGGUACACACAAUUUUUGACUCGUUCUUUAAGUUUAUAUAUAUAUAUAUAUAUAGAUCUAUAGAUUUAUAUAUAUAUAUAUAUAUAGAUCUAUAGAUCCAAUAUUUUUGUAAAAUCACCUGCAUUAAUGAAUCAGUAUGAAAUGUUUUAUUUGAGAUGCAAAAUCGAAGAUUAAAAGAUAUUCAAGGUCAGUGAACCAUGAAAAUAUUGUGCAAAAAUGACUGGGUUUACUAGCUGAAUGUUUAUUGCCUGGUGCAGUGUUGUGAAUUACUAUAACCACGAUUUUUCUUAAAAAAAAAAAAAAACUUAAGGUCAAGUCAAAAUUGUAAUUGCAAAUGCAAUUGGUAGAGCUUACCUUGAACUUGGAACAUUCCUAAAAUAGUGACAUAACACAUUUAGAAUGAAGGUUAACAAUAGAUUAUAUAACGAACAAUACUAGACAUUAUUCAAGUAAGACGACUUGCGUUAUGGCUUUGUGUAACACUGACCUGCUACUAUAGUGUGAGGCAUGUCUUAUUGAUGCAGUCGGCAUUGGGUGGUGUGAUAAUCCAUAGCUAGCUAUGUAUUUACUUAGUAACAGACUCCCAUGUAUUAUAAUACUUUUAGCUGUUUAAAAAGAUAAUUUACUACUUUCAGAGUUCAAUGGUUGUAUCACUUUUUUUCUUUUCUUUUUUCUUUUUUUAUCUUACAUCAUUUCCUUUGUUCUGUUCAACACUAAAUCACGAUUUGCAUUUCAGUGUUUCGUGCUCUAAAAAAUAUGCAACAUGUCUUUGCUUGCACUUCAUGGUCUGGUCCAUGUGCCUGUUUUGACUUUCCCUGUAAAUUUCCCCAGCUGCUUUCUUUAUAAAUGUUAGCAGCUUUUACAGUCAGUCCUUAAGUGAAGUUAUAUCAUCAGUUGUGUUCAUUCUUUGUAUAUCAAGGUUUAAAAUGUUCUAUAGAUUUUCUUAUAGAAAAAUUGUUUUGCAUUAUCUUUGACAUGUUUUCCAGGUACACAGCUGAUGAGUAACAUUCCAUGAAUUGAAUUUCAAGGGCUUGCAUUAAAAUUAUUGUGCAAAACUUAUUUUCGCUCUGUACAUAUGCAAAUUUCCAGUUUUCUUCUAUCGAAACCCAUGAUUAUUAGGAUCUUGGAGGACAUUAUACUAUUUAUUGAAUGAUGGGAGAUUCAUUUGGUCUAGACGAUGUUUUUCCCGUAUUUUUCUUGCAUUUUAUGCAUUUAGGAUUUCUGUUGUAUAGGAUUUCAUCAACUGUGCUUUAUAGGUAAAACAUUGAUAAUCUGUUGAAAUUAGUUUUAGGCCUAAAGCAAGUUAUGUUUACACUUUUAUUUUGUUGUAAAGUUUGACGAGCAAAAUUACUUGUAUUUCAAUGUGUGUUGGAAGCAAAUGCUUAGAGUUCUAACUAAAAGCAGACCCAAGCACAUGAUACAUAACAAAGAUCAACAGUUUGUUCCUGAGUUUUCUUGUUUGUAUAUUUUUACAUAUAUAUUUUUGUAAUGAAACACUAUCUGGGCCUGUCUUUAGUGCACUUGCAGCUACAUUUUUAUCUCUGAUCAAAAUAAAUAUUUUUAAGGUUUGGUAUA